AUGGUCUCGAUUACUGAUUCUACUACACCCUCAACUACAUAUUCUGAGUCUACAUAUUCUGAGACGACAUAUUCUGAGUUUAUAUAUUCUGAGACGACAUAUUCUGAGUUUAUAUAUUCUGAGACGACAUAUUCUGAGUUUAUAUAUUCUGAGACGAUAUAUUCUGAGUCUACAUAUUCUGAGUCUACAUAUUCUGAGACGACAUAUUCUGAGUCUACAUAUCCUGUGACGACAUACUCGGAGUCUACACAUUCUGAUCCUACAGCUUCGAUUACUGAUACCAAGUUUUAUACUCAUGAUUCGUAUGCUUCCACUUCACCCGGAACUCGUAUCAACCGACCCACUUCAUCUCCAAAUUUAAUACAGAGUACCUCUCCUUUACAGUUCGUGCACCAUCCCUCGUCAUACAAUAUAUCCGCUGUUCAAACAUCGUUUAAAGCGCUAAUCAAACGAGGUGAAUUAUCGUAUUCAGAAUCGAAUGGCUAUCAUGUGCGUAGCGCCGCAAGUUACCCAGACGGAAGCUCGGUCAUACUUCGAUUGUCUCUUAACGAAACAUCCACCGACGCAGGACUUUUCUGUAGCGUACCGCAACUCUACCUAAGGGUGGUGUCUUCCGACGGUAAUAUUACCAAGGUUGAACCAAAUGUAUCGAUUGAUAGAAUUAAUUUUUGUCGGAACGUCACGAGAGUACAGAAUGUUACGAUGAUUCCUCAAGAUUUAAUUAGGAUUUAUCCGUUGGCUCCGAAUUAUAUUUUAAUCGCGUAUGUGAGAAUUUCUACUGGCGGCGAAUCUUAUACGCAUCAAGAGAUAGGGACGGUUAUUAACGAGAAAGGGGAUAUACAAUACGACAGAAUAAACUUAGGCCCAAUAAAUAUGACGAGUGGAGAUACAUCAGUGUUAGGUCGUGCGGUAUCAAAUGUUAAUCCUAGUAAAGGCUUGAUCUGGGUGAACUUUCAAAUAAGAUCAUUCGUUCGAUGGAUGAAUGUCUAUCAUGCAAAUACCACGAAACCAUUCACCCUUGAAUUACCAACGACAGUUAAUAUCUCUGUGAUAUCGACCGCAGAUGGUGGUUAUUGUCUUGUAACGGUUGAUCAAUCUCCAAGCUCUGUCAGUCCAUGGAAAGUGAAAGCAAGAUUCCUUCGUCCAGACUCCUUUCAACCAACACCUGAGAUCCUCUUGUAUGAUAACACGGUUCCCAUUUACAUUGAAAUGUGCACCAACACCAAUAAUGAAACUGGUAUAGAGUGUAUAUUAGGAUUUGCCCAUGAUACGACCACCUUCUACGUCCGCAUACCAUUUCUCUCCAGUGGUGCAGUCAAGGAUUACUUUCCAAUGGAUAGUUUCAGUAACUCGACAUAUUCGGUAGAUCGAAUAAUGCCAUUGAUUGGUGGAGAAUAUCUGUUCACCGGGUUUAGCGGGUCCAGGAACGGCACAGAUUUAACUUUCUCGGGGAAUAUCUAUAAUUUAACUGGGAAGUACUUGUACAGCUCGAAUUUUUCAAAGUUUCCGGCCAAUACGUCGCUGUUAUACGGUGUGUUCCCCAAUAAUACAUUGUGGAUGAUCUAUGAAUCGAACUCGGCAGGUGACGGUUGGAAUUAUUCGACGUUCUUCAUACCGAAGUCUGCUCUUCUCGAUAUCUACGAAAGUAUCGUCAUUAUUCCAAAUGAUACCGUGGUACUGGGUACGCAAAGGAUCACUGUUAACUUCCCCAUUUCCGUGGUGUUAUCAACGGGCAAAUUUUCGAUAUACGAGAUCAACCAGAAAGAUUCGACCAAUAAGAUAUUGAAACAAUCAUAUAUCGCUCGGGAUACUGCGUACGUCACGCAAUCCGACAAUCAGACGUUACUGUUAAAAGUAUUAGGGAGUACGUUCUUCACACCAUACGCGAGAUAUCUUGUAGAGAUUGAAAAUGAUUUCGUGAGGGAUGCGUCGGAUAAUGAGCCGUUAUUAGGAACAUCCCGGUAUCUACUUACUGGGGGCAAAGUGUCGGAACCACUAGAAGAAAACGUGCGCGGCAUUGUUUACUUGACGAGAGAGGCAUCGAACAGAUAUUGGGGAAAUGCACUUACCAUCGAUUUAUUUCGGCCCAUGACCUCUGAAUUCUGUACUAUACUUUCCCUUUCACCCUAUCGACUGCAAAUUAUUGACAAAUGGCAAUGGGAUUCCAACAUGCAGGUCAUAUUUAAGCUCGAGAUUUCCAAGGGUACAAAUGAUACUCAAGAUCGGAGUGUAACUGCUGUGGCCGAGGCGUUAAACUUACUGAUUAGCUUUAAGAAUGUGUCGUCGGUGAUGUUGUAUCCAAAUGCUUCGUUGUUGGAUAGUGAUCGUGGAUUCACGGUAACACAAACCGUAUGGGAACGAUACCAACUUAGAUUGUUUGGUUUCGGUUCGAUCUUACUACUAUGCGCCGUUCUCGCGUUGCUUUCUUAUAGGGAUCGCAACUAUGGAAAUGGUUUAUUUGUGUUCAAAUUAUUAUUAAUCUGGGUGGACUUUGUGUUAGACGUGUUAUUUGUGUGGUUUCACGCGCAUGAUAUCUAUUUGUUGUUCUAUCCUACUUUGGUGUUCAUGAUUAGCUCUAUAGCAUUCAACGCCAUGACAAGCUUUUUUGUUAUUAUCCGCGAAAUCACCUACGAAAAUUAUUUUGCCAAGUGGUUUCGUACCUAUCACAAUAUCGCGGCGAUAUUUUCAUUAUCCGCUGCGAUAGACAUCGAAUCCCUUACUAUCAUACAUUCUAGGUUGGCGGGUUUGCGAGCGUUCGACGCUCCGUUGUCAAAAGGUGCCAAAAGAUGGAUCUUCUGGUGCGGGAUUAUAAACUUCAUGAUUGAGGACACACCACAACUGAUUGUUCAGAUAGUUUAUGUCAUACUGUGUGUGAAUUAUCAGUUAAUACCUUUCCUAAACUUGAUGUCCGCUUCGUUACUAUGCUCUGUAAUGCUUCUCGGUAAUAUUUAUCGGUUUUAUGAGCAAAUAACCGCUGACAACGACAACGCUUCAAAUAGAGGAAGCGAAAAAAAUGCGUUGGGCACAGAAAGCACUCGAACUGAGGGAAGCAUGAAUCAAGAAAAUGAAGGGAGCGAAGAACAUUUAAUUGCUCCACCGGAAGACGUUUUUUCACCGUGGCAUUACCCGAGGAUACCGGUAACGCACACGGAGAGGAGCAGUAUACCAUUGCCGCCACUUGCCGCAAAGGAGAAACGCAAUUUUGUUGAUGAGAAUGAGUAUCAAAGAGGAGAGAGCAGUUCAAGAACGAAAAUCCAAAGCAGUGAUAAAGUUGGAGUGUAUUAUCCAAAAAAUAUAGACAAUGACGGUGAACAAUCUCAGUUGUUGAAUAUGAAUAAUUCGGGAAAUGAGAAUCGGCGACAAUCAAUAACAAUAACGAAUUCCAUAAGGAGAGAAACGGUAUUUGGUAAUGAUACUAGUAGAGCAGUUUUCGGUGGCUAUGAAAAUAUGCAAAAAGGAGCAGGUAUGCUGGUUGGUAAAUAA